UUCUUCUUCUUCUUCUUCUUCUUCUUCUUCUUCUCCUUCCUCCUCCUCCCCUGGACCCCCUUUUUUCUUUUUUCUUGCGGGAAGAUGGGUUGUUUGGGCAACAGUAAGACCGAAGACCAGAGAAAUGAGGAGAAGGCACAAAGAGAAGCAAACAAAAAGAUAGAGAAGCAGCUCCAAAAAGACAAACAGAUAUACAGAGCAACACACAGACUACUACUUUUAGGAGCUGGCGAGUCAGGAAAGAGCACCAUAGUGAAACAGAUGAGGAUCCUACAUGUCAACGGCUUCAAUGCAGAAGAGAAGAAGCAGAAAAUUCACGACAUCAAGAAUAAUAUUAAAGAAGCUAUCGAGACCAUAGUAACAGCUAUGAGCACCCUGACACCGCCGGUGCAGUUGGCGUGUCCAGAGAACCAGCACCGGAUCGAAUACGUCCUCAACCUCGUCAGCCAGAAGGACUUUGACUUUCCAUCUGAGUUUUACGAUCAUGCGAAGACACUGUGGCUGGACGAGGGGGUCAAAGCGUGCUACGAGAGAUCCAACGAGUACCAGCUAAUCGACUGUGCACAAUACUUUCUAGACAAGAUUGAAAUUGUGAAGCAGAGUGACUACACUCCCACAGAUCAGGAUUUGCUGCGGUGCAGAGUACUGACUUCAGGGAUCUUCGAGACAAGAUUCCAAGUGGACAAAGUUAAUUUCCAUAUGUUCGAUGUCGGCGGUCAAAGAGACGAACGCCGGAAAUGGAUCCAGUGCUUUAAUGACGUAACGGCCAUCAUCUUCGUGGUGGCCAGUAGCAGUUACAACAUGGUGAUCAGAGAGGACAAUCAGACCAACCGUUUACAGGAGGCCCUCAACCUCUUCAAGAACAUCUGGAACAACAGGUGGCUGCGGACCAUUUCUGUCAUCUUGUUCCUAAAUAAACAGGACCUGCUAGCGGAGAAGGUGCUGGCAGGAAAGUCUAAAAUCGAGGAAUACUUUCCUGAAUUUGCUCGCUACACCACACCUGACGAUGCGACACCAGAGCCUGGAGAAGAUCCACGUGUUACAAGGGCAAAGUAUUUCAUAAGAGAUGAAUUCCUGAGGAUCAGCACAGCGAGCGGGGACGGGAGGCACUACUGUUACCCCCACUUCACCUGCGCCGUCGACACGGAAAACAUCCGCCGCGUCUUCAACGACUGUCGAGACAUCAUCCAGAGGAUGCACCUGAGGCAGUACGAGCUGUUGUGAUGGGAGAGGAAAAGGUGUUCGGCCCAAAAAAAAAAAAACGCAAAAACAGAUCGGACUAUGAAACACCCUGAACCCUGAGUCUCUGAACUCCCCCUCUUCCACAGAGGUGUGUGAGCUCUUGUGAAGGCCAAAACACUCACACACAUAAACACACACAUACACACACUUACAGUAAACAGCCUGAAGCCAGAACUUCCCCCGAUGCAAACUCCCUACCUGUAGUAGACGGAGAUCUUUUGACGGAUGAAGGGUUUAAGGGGGGUAACACAUGAACGGACUCUGAUCUCCACCACUUUCAGCCAUACUCCCAGCCUCCUCGCCUCUCGGACAUCAUGUAUCGUCUCCCCCCUCCCCCCUGUACACGUAACCUUCACCUUCCCAAAGUCUGGACUGUAUCUCCUGCAGUGAGGAGGGUUCGAGCUGCGGUUGAGAUUGAGGUUGAGAUUGAAGUGCGAUUUGGAAAGAGAUGACUGUUGAAUCACUGCAAAUAGAGAAUAAACAUGUCACAACAGAUCAGCUGAACACUGUAUCUAACGAAAACACAAGCACUGUGCUCAGGACUCGACGCCAAUCCUUCCUAUCACUUAACACACAUCCAGAAAUACAACAACCACAGGAAUCUGCUUGCACACAGAAACGUAUCACACCUGCUUUUUACUGGACUGCAACAACCGGGGCGGAUCCGGAAAUGUACUGAUCCGCCUACUGUAGCAGCAGCCGACAAGCGACCUGUUCACUGAGCUGUCGGUUGAUUUUUUUUGUUUUGUUUUUUUGUCCGUCACAGUGCUUUGAGAUUAAACAGACUGAGCGACUGCGCAGCUGAGCCCCGAGGAGCAGUGUUACCACGUCGACGGACUAAAACGGACCAGGGGUGUGUUGUGAUCAGCCAGGCUGCAGGGGAGGUGGGGCAGGUUCACAACAAACAGGACAGAGCCGACUCCGAUGUGAAUUUCUCUGCUGGAGUUUGGACAUGAGAGGGACGACGACGGUCCCUCGACUCCUCCGCAGAACUGUUUUGCCACCUGACUUUGCCUUGUUGGUAGUGGAGCAAAACGUUAGGAGGAAAUAUUGAGUUUAAAACAAGAAAAAAAGAAAAAAAAAAUAAUGCCAACUUUUAUGGAGCUUAACAAACGGAGGGCAAAAAGCAUCCUUCUACAGUACAGUACCAUAUAAGUUAAAGAGAACUCUCAUCUUGUCAUGAUUGACCCUGUUUUACUGUCUCCACAGCUGUUUUUGUCUGUGUAGACUUUUGUGCCAUUGUGCCCUGUGCGCUUUCUUUAUCUUUACUCUUUCUGUCUCUGUCAUUCUCUCCCUCUUCUCUCUCCUCUGCCGAUUCUACUCACUCUCCGUCUCUUUCUCUCUCUUCCUCCUUCACUCCUCCACCACCUUCCCAUCCGCACUUUUACUUUACUGGCAGUGCUCUUUUUGUUGUUUUUUUUUUAAAAAUAAAAUAAAAUAUAAUAAUCCUGGACUUUAAAAAGAAAAAAAGGAAGAAGAUGACAACAACAAACGGGACGCUUAUUUGUUUUUGUUUUUUUUCACUCAUGUGGUCAAACAACCUGCUAGCACCUCCCUCCAUCUUCCCUCUUCUCUCCUCCCUCCUCCCCGACCUCUCGCUCCUCUGUAUGUCUGUCUUUACUUUACUGCUGAACUAUUAUUCUUGUACAGACUGUAAAAUGUAUUAUUUUGUACAACUUUAUUGAAAAAAAUAACUUUUAGAAGAUCCCUGUGCCUUGAUCACGACUGUACGUGUGUAAUGAGCUAAAGUGGGUGUCAUACUGCGCUGUAUAGCUUGGCCAAUCCCCUCCUAACUCUCUGCCUCCCUCGCCACUUCCUUCUCUUUCUUUAUCCCCCUCUUUCUCUCUCUCUCUAUCUCUCUUUAUCUGUCUGUCUCUCGCUCUCUCUCCUCUGUCCUCUCUCUCUCUCUGUCUCUCUCUCUAGGCUGGAGGACAACCAUUCGUAGCUUUUGUAGUUUUAUUUCUCUCCCCUAUCCUCCCAUUCUCUCUUUAUGAUUUAAAUGUCUAUUUUUGGAUCCAUAUACCCCAAAAAGAUAAAUAUAUGAAAUGUAUAUGGGUUUUAAAAAAAAGUAUUUUAUUAGAAAUCAAAUGAACCUUGACAAAUUGUACACUUGAUAGUGUGCGUAUUGCUAUAACUUAAAUCCUUUCAACUGAA